UGGCUCGGGGGAAGUAGAAUACGGCCACGGUAUCCCCUGCCUGUCGUAAGAGGCGACUAAAAGUGGGAUGUAGCGAGUGAACUAAAAGUAAUGCAAAGAGUGAGAGAGAUAUUGUAAAAGACAAAGCGAAAGAAAGAAUGUACGGAGAGACAUUAAGAUUUAAAGAAAAGAGUUUAAAAAUGCGCGAGAAAAAGGAUUGGCGUAAGUAAUUACUGCCAACCUUGUCUAAGCGCGGGGACGAAAGAGUUCGUUGGGCAAAAAGGAAUAGUUAAGGUCCCUAUAGUCAUAGUACGCCGCCCUCGCAGCAAUAUCCCAAAAUGAGGGAAAGGCUAAACUUUACUGUAGCGGAUACAAAAUUAUCCACUUUUUUCUCAUCAAUCUAAUAGUUUUCGAUGCGUAGAAUCCAAAAAUGCAGGUUUUAACUGUCGAAAUGCAGCGGUUUAAAAGUUAUGAAUGUGUAAAGUUUGACACUUUUAGUGCAUUUGCUACGUUACUGCGACGCCAUAUUGGCUUCUGGUCCAAUGAACGGUGUCGCUAGCUGCAGACAGCAGGUGCCGACCACUUUAGUGAGUGUAGUCAAACCGUAAAUUUGAUGUUGCCUGAGUUAGUUAGGUUUAUAUUUAUUUUAGAGAGAGAGAAAGUACAGCCCAUGCAGUUGCUUAUUGCUUCUACUGUAUCAAUUUUAUGAGUAAUUUAAAUACAGCUACUGAUGGAAUCCGUACCCAAAAAAAUUUACUGUCCCCAAAAGUAAAGUUUAACUCCCAUAAUCACGACCCCUCGAGAACAAAGUCAUGUAUAGUCUUCCUCUAUCUGUAGUCUGCUGUAACAGUGACUAUAGAUAAUUGCUGUUUUUAGUCACUGUUGAUACGCGUUUGUUUCAGUUGCGUUUGAAAUUUAAAAUCCACGAUGGGUAUUUCAGGAUUAACUACAUUCAUAAGCAAUGGCUCACAUCGUUACUUAGAAUAUUACGAAUUGCAUGAUACGUAUUUGGUAAUUGAUGGUAACAAUAUUCGCUGUCAACUAUAUAAUUCGUAUGUGAAGUGUAAUUGUGCCUUCGGCGGCGAUUAUGAUAAGUAUGCACAAUGUGUAUCAGAUUUUUUUGAUAAUCUAUUAAAAUGUAAUAUAACACCAUUGGUUUUAUUCGAUGGGGCUUAUGAGAAUAAAAAAAUGAAAACUACUAUAAGUAGAAUAAAGCAAAAGAUCCAUAGAGCAUCGUCUUUUUGCCCUCGCAGUCAAGAGAGAAUGAAAUUUUUCCCUCUAUUUUUAACCAAAGUAUUCAAAAAUGUUUUGGAAGAAAAAAAUAUUCGUAACAUGCAAUGUUUAUUUGAGGCUGAUAAUGCUAUAGCCUCGGUGGCAAAAAUUUUAAAUUGUCCUGUACUCAGCUAUGAUUCUGACUUCUACAUAUUUGGAUCAUUAUACAUACCAUUUAAUACAUUAGAUAAAUAUGCAACCAAAAGUGGAACAGAAAAACGCUAUAUGAUAUGCUGUCAAAUUUAUAGAACUGAGCGCUUAUUGAAUUCUUUUAAAGGUUUAGAUGAAUCAAUGUUACCACUGGCAGCGAUACUCUUGGGUAAUGAUUAUGUAAAACGUGGUACAUUUAAAAACUUCUUUCGUCAUUUAAAACUACAUGGAGUAUCAAGGAGUAAACAUAACUACCAACAACGUCGUAUACAAGAAACCUUCACUUGGUUAAGCAAAUAUACAUUGGAUAAAGCUAUUGCAGGAAUUUUAAGUAGAUUAAUCAAGCCUAUACGACAAAGAAUACUGCACUUGAUAGAGACUAGUAUAAACAGUUACACAAAUGCAUCUACCGAAAUACUUAUUCCAUUAGGUUUUUCAAAAGACUAUGUUGCCCAAGUAAAUAGCCAUCAUUUAAAUAGAAUUUUCAAAUAUGAUGGUGAUAUUGAUAGCUUAACAUAUAUAGAAGAAAUUGAUGAAAAAGAUGGCAUUGACACAAGCGAAGAAGAGGAAGAAGAAGAAGAAAAUGUUAUAAUGAAUGAGUCUGAAUCAAUGUCCAGUAAUGCACUUGUCAGUAAUUUACCUGUAUGGUUUAUAAAUGAACUUCUAAUGGUUAAACACCCGCCAUAUUUUCUGGACUUAAUACUUCGACGUGUAUAUAUUUGUACUCCACAAAUAGAGGACUGCAAUUAUCCUUCAACCGUUAUGAUAUCUUCAAGAAUUAUUAACGUUAUAUUUGCACUUCUAAAAUCAGCAGUAAACGAUGAAAUACGUUAUAUGAGCUAUAUAACCAGAGGUAAAAACGAUUCGAUAGCACGUUAUGAAUUAGAAUGUACAGGAAGUAUAGUUUCUUGUGCACUUCCAUCUUUGGCUAAUCUAAGAAACGUGCCAUUAACUAUUAGAAAAGAGAUUUUUAAUGAUACAUUAGAAGUUGCAGAACAUAUGGAACAUAUAAAUGAAUUUCCAUCAGAAUGGAUAUUAUAUAUAAUGUGUAUAAAAUAUUGGAUGAAACACCAUGAUCCUUGCACAUUAUUAUACAGUUGUGCAUACUCCCUAUUUGUUUGUAUGUUAUUUCAUGUAAUAGACAUAAAAAUCGGGAAAUGUAGAGUUGCAGCCAAUUUUCAACGUAAAUAUAGUAAAAGGCUUCAGUAUAUAGAAGAGGAAAGAAAAGCAAAUAGUUAUAAACCAAAUUAUUCUAUGGAUGUUACAAUUACUGAAGCCCUUAAUGAAGUCGAUCCUAAUGAUUGUAUACUGGCAGCGCCUUUUUUCAUUUCUCAUUUUGAAAUGGAUACAAAAUUGUAUUCAAAUCCAAAGAAAUUUAAUAAAUUUAUAGUUCACAUAUUUGCAGGGUUUCAAAAUUGUUUAAAACACGGUAUGGAUUUGAAUACACUUUUAGGAGAGCCUUAUCCACCAACUAAUAUUGCUAAUUUAUAUAAUGGUACCUUACUGUACAAUUUAUCUACUAAUUUUCAAUCGCGGGAUGAUAUUGAAAGAUAUAUAAAUACUAUGUUUCAUAAAUCACCAAGCCUUUUAAGGGUCUUUAAUAUAUUUUUGGUAAAAAUAAAACUCUUGUUUCCGUUAAUCCAGGAAGUUAAAUCUCGCAAAAAGCACAGAAAGCAUAAACGUCAAAAAUUAAAUGAUAACUUGGAUAAAGAUGAUUCGGAGUACUAUAGUGCUGAGGAAGACUUAGCUGAAACAGAAUUUCGUGAUGUAAAUAAUCGAUUUUGUUCAUUUACUUCAAACUAAAUACUUUUUAUAAACCAAAUACUUUUUAUAAACUAAAUACUUUACUGUAAAUACUUUUUAUAUUUUAUAUAAAAGUUGAAACCCUACGAGUUGUAUGUAUAUGCAUAUGUAAAAUGUAACAAUGCGAGGUACACUCGUAAGAAUAAAUUAAAGAUCUAUCGAUGUACAAA